AAAAAAAUAGAAAGGGAGAGAUUUUCAGACGUUCUCUUUCCCUCUAAACUCCCUCUCGCUACCCGUCUUUAUCCUCUCUCUCUCGUCGCAUUUAUUCUCUUUUCUUGUUAAAUUUUCAGAGACGCUCCCUACCUGUCUCCUCUUUCCCUCUUUCUCUCUCGACCCCUUCCUUUUCCCAGGAGCCUUGUUCAUCUCUCUCCCUUUCCAUAUCAAUCCCUCACUUUUCUGCGAAGAAUCCCUCUCCAUUCACUCGUUCUGCCUGCUGCCUGCUGCCUGCUGCCUGUGGUUGCCAUCGCUCGGCCUCUCGCAACCACUAAAUUUCAGUGUGAGAGAAACCCAGAGGACUCAUUUUUCAGCGAUAGGGCGACGAAAUUGUAAAUUGGAGUACCAUUCCUAUGGCAUUGGUAAUAACAGUGUUCUCUGACUUGGCUCGAUCAGUGCUUCACAGAGUUGGUCUAUCAUUUAUUUUGUUCCACAAUCUAAUUUGGCAAGCUUCAAAGACAUUUAUUGACAAUGCGGGGACACGAUCGGAUUGAUUCACACAAGAACCAUGGAAACUACUCCAGAGAUCUCGAUGAAUACGAAGAUGAUGAGGAGGACCAAGAGGAUGAACAGACCGAAUAUGAGGAUGCAGCUCAGGAAGAAGAGGAAGAAGAUCCUCAAAUAGCCAAGGAACAAAUGGAAUACAUUGAGAGGAGGGAAAAGUUAAAGGAAAUGAUUCGGCAACAAAUGAAGAAGGAAACAAAUGCCACUCUUGGCCUUUCACAAGAGAAGAAGAUCACCCUCCCUAAAGACAAUUUUGGAUCCUUCUUUGGGCCAUCUAAGCCAGUUAUUGCUCGUAGAGUAAUUGAAGAAAACCGUGCAAAGCUUGAGGCAGAACAAAUGGCAGCUAAGCUUCCAAAAGCCUCUUCAGUGAAUAAAAAGUCUCUUUCCUCUGCCACAUCAGAGAGAAAAUCUGAGCGUGAUCGGCGUCCGAAGGUUGUUAAUGAGAUGAAACUUAAAGUGCAGAAGCUAAAGGACGCAAGAGACUACUCAUUUCUAAUGUCAGGAGAUGCAGAGCUUCCUUCCCCUCCAAAAGAGCAUGAGCCCCGAAAUGUUCGAGUGCCUUCUUCUGAUGCUCAAUCGAAACAAUCACCUCCAAGGAGCAACCCUGACAACAGGAAGAAGAAGAUGGUCUCUGUGAACCAACAAAGGCAGGCUAAGGCUCGGCCUCCAAAAGUGGAUCCUGGUUUGAAGUCUUCCUCUUCUGACCCAAUGAAACGUCCCAGUAAGAAUGCAGGAAGUGGGCCAGGCCGGCCUCUUGUUUCCAAGUUGCCUCCUAAUGGUGCAAAGUUGCCUCCUAAUGGUACAAAGUUGCCUUCUUCUAAUGGUGGGAAGGUGCCUCAACCUAAUGGUGUGAAAUUGCCUCCUAAGGCUCCGGUGGCAACAAAAGCUCUGGUGGUAACAAAGGCUCCUUCAGCUCCAGCAGCCGAGAAGAAGAAGUCUUCUAUGGGCCCCAGCAACAGUGGAGCCAUACAAAAGGCCCCCUUAUUGAAGAAGCUCUCAUCUGUCGAAAAGCUUGUUAAGAAGUCUCCUCACGGACUGGACAAGCCUUCUGCUAAGGUGGUACCAAAGCCAUCAUCGAUGUCAUCUCAACAUAAGGCAAAGUCUGUAAAUAACAUUUCAUCACAUCCUACGCAUCAAGCGCGCCCUAAGAAGAGGCCUCUAGAUAGUUAUUCAGAUGAAGAUGAAGGUGAUGGUGAGGAUGCUCUUCGUCUCAUUAGACAGAUGUUUCGGUAUGAUCCUAGUAAAUAUAAAGGUAUCGAUGAUGAUGACAGUGACAUGGAGGUUGACUUUAACCGUAUCCAGGCAGAAGAGCGGAGGAGUGCAAAGAUUGCUAAAGAGGAAGAUGAGAGAGAGCUGGCACUAAUUGAAGAAGAAGAAAGAAGAGAGAGGGAGAGGAAGGUGAAGCGGCUCAAACUAAAGCAUAAUCAGCGGUGACAUGGGGUGUCAUAUUAAUUUUUUUCUCUUGGUUUUGUUUCAAUUAAUUGUCUAUCCAUUGGCUUCUUUUCUCAUAUCUCCACCGCAUUGAGAAUUACCUAUUCUUGGUCAGCUUUUCUAUCAAUGUGGGAAUUCCCUACGGGAAAAAUGGAUGGGCUGUCUGUAAGAGCUGAGAAAGUCCUUUCUUGUAGUGGAUAUUUCUAGUUUGAAAUUACAUGGUUUCAGUUUAUCCCCA